AUGCUUGAUUUCUGCCUUGGUCUCUUUUGCCCGGGCCCCGGAAGAAGACAGAAAAGGGAACGAUAUAUCAAUCCCGCUUCUCUCGCUUUGUCAAGACCUCAUCGUCGAUAUCCUCUUCCAACACCCAUUUAUCCUCUUCCUGCACCCAUACUUCCUCCCCUUGAACAGAACUACGAACAAUUUCGUCCUAUCAGUCCCAUAUGCCAUCUAGAACAGGAGUGCGAUUUCGAACCCGAGCCCGAGCUUUUCUACCCACAGAGAUUCCACCGUGUUCCUCUUGGCCCAGACUUGAGACAUAGAUUAGAGCCUGCAGUUCAGCAAAUUCAUUUUGUCGAGCCAGAACCGGAAGUUUAUCUACCUCUUCCUCGUCCCAAAUCACCACCAAGGCAACAUAUACAUUUUAUCCAACAGCUUCCACCACCAUACAUUCCUUCGCCUCCACCUUCUCCUACGACUCAUCAUAUUCACGUAUUACCUCCUCCUGCCAUCCUUCCUCCGCCGAGGAAACCCUCUCCACCACAUAACCACAUUCAUCUUCUCGGUCCUGCUCCACCUCCCCGAAUUGUCACACCAUCAGCUCAAGCACUUGCUCUAGUUCCGCUCCCAAAAAUCAAACGGAAAAUGAAUUUCCCCAAUCAUCCUCACCAAAAUCCUUAUUCCCAUCAUCCCCAUCAUCACCCCAAUCACAAUCAUAAUCACAAUCAUCGACACCGCUCCCCGUCUUCCUCUCCUUCUCGUUCUCCUUCUCCACACCCCCAUGCACACAACACCCCACACAACCACGCCAAUAAUCAACAAAAUAACCCAAUCAAUCUGAAUAAUAUUCCUUUAGCAAAUCUCAUCCGGGAUGUUUUACACCGCUAUCUACAAAUCAAUUUACCGCCUGGCACAGCGAUCAGUAUAGCGAGAUUGAUGUCCAACUCUCGAAAUCCUAAUUCUAAUUUGAGCGUUCAAGCGAAUGCUGGGACUAGUAGAAAUCGAUCGCGGAGUCGGUCACAGGGGAGAGGAAGAAGAGGUGGAAAUAACAAUAAUGGGAACGGAGCAGCGAAUGGGAAUGCAAUCGGUAGUGGUAGAAGAGGAAAUGGAGGAAAUAGACAGGCAGUUAUAAGUUCAGACUCGAGUUCGGAUUCGGAUCAUCUACCAACACAGAAAAGCAAAAUUGACUUGUUGGAAGAGAUUAGACGAGUAAAUGUGUGCGCUCAAGUUGCAAAUGGUAUCGUCAGAGCAUCUAUGCUCAACGCUGAAGUUCACCCGAAGCUAGACGCUAAGGGACGAUAUCCGAAAGAUUUUCAACAUCCUUUGAAAAUUAGAGAUUUUUUGGCGAUGGAUACAAAAACCCUCGACGCCCUCAUCACCACCUACGAUCUCCCAGUAGGAACGCAUCACCGCUCUAACGAUGCAGCAGCCCUCGCCAUUUUCCUGGCUCAUCUCGCGCAUAAUCAAAACAGUCCAAAGCGCGGAACCAAAAAUCCUCCCUGCGACUGCAGAACCUGCGCACCUUUUCACGAAGAGCAAAAGGUGGCGAAGAGAGAAGUGCUAUUUGAAUAUCUCUGUGUGGGGGCUAUGUAUGGUGGGUCGGGGGUGGGGAAUCUGUUGGCUCAUGGUCAGGCUCAUGGUCAAGCACAAGCUCAAUUAACUCGAGCAGGAAGUGCAUUAAUAGCCGGGAAUGCAGGAGGUGGAGGUGGCCGCGGAGGAAGUGGGAAUCAAGGUGCAAACUCAAACGGAGCAGGUCAUCUCGUUCUUCCGCAAUCGGGACAUGCGAUACAAGUACAAAAUGUACAGGGAGCGGUGCCCAAUCGGUUGAAUAAUAAUAAUAUUGGGCUUCCGAGGCCGAGCCAGCAUGCGGGUCAUUCGAUCAUCCGUCGUAGCAGUUGA